CGCAAGGUGAUACACGCCUGCAUACGGCGCAAUCGUCCAGCCGUCGUCAUCGGCUGUUCGUGCGUGCACGACUACAUUUUGACUACGUCCAUUUACACAACUCGCUGCGUUCCGGCGCUGCGGUGCACCGCUGGCACAAAAUGGCUCGGAGAGCCCUCUCCCGCGGCGCCGCUCGCGCGCUGGGCACGAAGGCGCCGUCGUUCAAGCCCCAGCUCGCCGACGUCAACACGAGCCGGCUGGCGGCCUUCUCCGACAAGCUCAUCGGCUGCGCCGGGCCGCGCGGCUACGACCGGCGGCACUACGAGCGGCUGCACGCGCGGAGCGUGAGCGAGCCGCGGCAGUUCUGGCGGGCGGUCUUUGAUGCGGUGCGCCUGCCGGGGUCGCUCGGGCCCCGGGAGCGGGACGCGCGCGGCGCGGUGCCGUGGCGCGAUUCCGGCCCGCCCGGCGCGGUCGACUGGUUCCCCGACGCGGCCGUCAACCACGCCGAGCUCCUGCUCGAGGGGCCGCACAAGCCGGACGAGAACCUGGCCCUGCUGUCGUACACGGAGCGGUCGGCGGCGCCGGUCGAGACGACGUACGGCGCGCUCCGGGAGGAAGUCGGGCGGCUCCGCGCGGGCCUGGCGGCGGACGGCGUCGGGCCGGGCGACCGCGUCGCCGGCGUCGUCGCGAACGACGCCGGCGCGGCCGCGGCGAUGCUCGCCGCGACGUCGCUCGGCGCGGCGUGGUCGUCGGUGUCGCCCGACUUCGGGGAACGGGGCUGCCUCGACCGCCUGGCGCAGGUGGAGCCCAAGGUCCUGUUUGUGAGUGAUGCCUACUCCUAUCGGGGGAGGGAAUUUGAUGUGGUGGACAAAAUAUCAAACUUCACGGGGAUAGGAGACGCGCUGAAGACGACGGCGCGGGCCGUCGUCCUCCCCUACGGGUUCGCGGGCGACGCGGCCAUGGAUUCUUCAGUAAAACUGCCCUUCCCCGCCGUCGCGGCGCGGGACUACGGCGCGCCGGGCGCGCCGUGUUUGUAUGAUAGGGGCGGCUUUGACCGGCCCGCGUAUGUUAUGUUCAGCAGCGGCACUACCGGAAAGCCCAAGUGCAUCGUGCAGGGCCCGGGCGUGGCGCUGAACCACGCCAAGGAGGGCUCGCUCCACUGGGACUUAAGGGAGGGCGAGCGGAGCCUGUGGUACACGACGACCGGGUGGAUGAUGUGGAACUGGUUAUUAGGAGCGGCGCUGACGACGGGCGGCGCCGCCGUGCUGUAUGAUGGCGACGCGACGUUCUGCCCCGCCCGGGGCAAAAAUACAGUGGGCUAUCUCUGGGACGUCGCGCAAUCAUCAGACAGUGUUUUAUUAGGGGGCUCGGCGCGCUACCUCGGCGCCUGCGCCGCGGAGAAUUUGACACUGCCUCCCUUGGCGGCGCUGAAGCGCGUCGGCUCGACGGGGUCGCCGUGCCCGCCGUCGGCGUACGCGUGGCUCGCCUCCCAAAAGCCCGGCGUGGGGCUCCACUCGACGUCGGGCGGCACGGACCUCAACGGGUCCUUCCACGGCGGCAACCCCUGGCUGCCGGUCUUCGAGGCGGAGCUCCAGUCGGCCGGCCUCGGGCUCGACGUCGCCGUUCUGGAUGAGGCGGGCGACGGCGAGGUCGCCGCGGGCGAGCAGGGCGAGCUGGCCUGCCGGAGCGCCUUCCCCUGCGCGCCGCUGGCCUUCCUCGGUGAUGAUAGAGAGGGCUCGAAGUACCGCGCGGCGUACUUCGACGACGCCUUCGGCGGCGGCCGCGCGUGGCAGCACGGGGACUGGGUCGAGCCUACAGAAAACGGCGGUUUGAUCAUCCACGGCCGGAGCGACGCCACGCUCAACCCCGGCGGCGUGCGCAUCGGCACGGCCGAGAUCUACAACGCGAUCGAGCCCCUGCUCGACGCGUCGCCGGAUUUUAGUGAUGCGCUCGUCUCGGCGCAGCCCUUCGUCGCCCGGGACGGCGACACGGAGAUCGACGACGUCCGCGUCGUGCUCUUCGUGCAAGUCGCGGACGCCGCCGCGCGCGACGCGCUGACGGCGGCGGCGGCCGCGGGCGACGCGGACGCGCUCGUCGAGCUGUGCCGGUGCGACGACGCCUUCGCGAAGGCCCUGAAGACGACCAUCCGGGAGCGGGGCUCGCCGCGGCACGUGCCCGCGAUCGUGUGCCGCGUGCCGGACGUGCCGCGGACGAACAACGGGAAGAAGGUCGAGAUGGCCUGCAUGAACCUGCUGCGCGGGCGGCCCGUCGCGAACCGGGGGAGCAUCGCGAACGCGGGCGUCGUCGACUUCUACGAGGCCCUCGCGCCGCACCUGGAGAAGCUGCUGCCGCAAGGGGGACGGUAAUUAGAACUUAGUAGUGACGGGUUUGUGUCUAAGAUGCAGGGACGUCGUCGAGCCGGUCUAUCGUGCGAGGAGCCGCUCCCUUGAAGCGGCGCUCGGGCCGGCGCCGGCGCCGGCAGUAGAUCAGGAGGCGGCCUCGCGGCUGCGGGCGCUUGGGGCCGCGAAGACGCUCGUCCGCGACCAGGGACGGAUCCCGGCGGAGCGGCGCGAGUAUUUGAGGGCGAUCGUCGCUUCGGCGUAUCCGGGCCGGGCGAUCGAGGCCGUCGCUGCGGAACGACCGCCGCCGAAGGUCCGCUCGAAAGUGUCGGUCGACGACGAUUCCCUGGAAGCGCGGUGCCUGCGGCGAAUUACGUCCGAGGCGAACGGCGACCUCGCGGCGAGAAUCCUCGCCUUCGAAAAAGAAUGGCGCCGGUGCUUCGUGGACAGUCUGCGGCCUUCCCAUCUGCCGGAGGGGUGGACGGUGGACCACACGAUCGUGCCGCGCGCGCGGCCGCCGCCGUCGACGCUCGUGUGCCGCGCGCACCUGAAGGGGAAGUGUACGUGGGGGAGGGCGUGCAAGUAUCGGCAUGACGGUGUUUAAGUGUUGUUUGUGUGAUCGUCGGUGCGUCCUCCCGCCAGCUGAGGCCCCGUGUUGCGUCUAGCGCUUUUUCCUAUGCAUGCGUGGGCGGUCGGACGCGUCCCACCAAAAAAA